AUGAGUACCAACAAGAACGAUGGGGUGAGCUUUGAACUCUACCGCUAUACACCCUCUCUCGUUGCUGCAAUCAUCUUCAUUGUUCUGUUUGCCCUCGCGACUCUCUAUCAUCUUUACCAAGUCGUUCGCACACGAUCCUGGUACUUUACCGUCUUCGUCGUCGGAGGAGCCUUUCAAAUCAUAGGUUACAUUUGCCGCGCGCUGGCCCACAACGACAAAGAAAACAUCCCAAUCUACUCAGUUGGCACAAUCAUGAUUCUUCUUGCUCCUCCUCUGUAUGCGGCAUCUAUAUACAUGACUCUGGGCCGACUCAUCGUGCGUCUGGAUGCUGAGAGGUUGAGUUUGGUGCCAGUAAAAUGGCUUACUGCAAUCUUCGUUACAGGAGAUGUAAUCGCGUUUCUGAUGCAAGCAGCAGGCGGCGGGAUCAUGGCAAGCGGAACUCUCAGCGCGAUGACCACUGGCGAACACAUCACAAUUGGCGGUCUUGCCGUACAAUUGGUGUUCUUCAGUAUUUUUAUCGUAGCUUCAUCAAUCUUCCACUACCGGAUUCGCAAUAACCCCACUGAGAAGUCUCUCAGCCGAUCGCGCUCUACUACCUGGGAACUUGUCAUGACCGGGCUGUACGUGGCCAGCAUUCUCAUUCUCAUUCGAUCAAUUUUCCGAUUGAUUGAAUACGCCCAAGGCAACGAUGGAUAUCUCAUUAGCCAUGAGGUGUUUAUGUAUGUCUUUGAUUCAAUGCUCAUGUUCUUCACCAUGGUUGCGAUGAGCAUUUUUCACCCAUCGAAGAUCCUUUCUCGGCCAUCGAAACCACGACGCUCAAAGAAAUCUCAUUCAGAGAACACGGAGUUUCUCUCCCAGACUGAAGUCUAG